GACUGUGUGUGCUAGCUAAAGACAAGCCAGAUAACUUCAAUUUCUCCCGUAAUUUUGUGUAACUGUUCAUGGAAAAUAACGGGACUUGUGUUUUUAAGCGUGUCAACAUCGGGUAGUAAAGUCAGCUAAACCCAAUUGAAUAUGCGCAAGUGUUGCGCUAAAAAAGCUCGUGAAAGCAAACAAUGAGAAAUCGUCAUGUGCUUCCUGAAUGUGUUAUCAUGUGAUACUUCCUCAUCGCUUUCUUCGUCUUGCUUUCUGCAAUGGAUGUCUGUCUAAUUCAAACUUUGAUAUUGUUUUGUAGUUUAAUAUGUUGUUUUUGGGCAGAUACUCCUUCAAACAAGUCGACUCCGAACAUUAUCAUCAUUCUUAUGGAUGACAUGGGCUGGGGAGAUUUGGGAGUGUUUGGCCAGCCCUCCAAGGAAACCCCAAACCUUGACUCCAUGGCUGCCCAGGGGAUGCUGUUCCCCAACUUCUACACAGCUAACCCCCUCUGCUCUCCAUCCAGAGCUUCACUUCUGACAGGACGAUUACCAGUUAGGAAUGGAUUCUAUACCACCAAUGCCCAUGCCAGGAAUGCCUACACACCCCAGGAGAUAGUAGGAGGGAUCUCAAGGGAUGAAAUUCUAUUACCACAGAUACUGAAGAAGAAGGGUUACGUCAACAAGAUCAUCGGCAAGUGGCAUCUUGGCCACAGAGCUCACCACCUACCUCUGGAGCAUGGUUUUGAUGAAUGGUUUGGUGCUCCAAACUGCCACUUCGGUCCCUACAACAGCAGCGACAGGCCUAAUGUCCCGGUCUAUAACAACUCUCAGAUGGUGGGAAGAUACUAUGAGGAGUUUGGGAUCGAUAAGAAAACUGGCGAAUCUAACCUUACACAAAUCUACUUGGAGGAGGGCCUUGACUUCAUAUUUCACCAAAACAUGGCCCAGCGGCCAUUUUUUCUCUACUGGGCAGCAGAUGCUACGCAUGCUCCGGUCUACGCUUCAAAACGGUUCCUGGGGAAGAGCCAGAGGGGGCGGUACGGUGAUGCAGUGAUGGAGCUGGACUACAGUGUUGGACAGAUGCUGGCCUGGCUGCGUGCUCUGGGCAUCGACAAGGACACCUUUGUGUUCUUCACCUCGGACAACGGGGCCGCAGUGAUGUCCGGCCCCAAGCAGAGUGGCAGUAAUGGCCCAUUUCUCUGUGGGAAAGAAACUACGUUUGAGGGUGGAAUGAGGGAACCUGCCAUCGCCUGGUGGCCUGGACACAUCCCAGCAGGCACGGUGAGCCAACAGCUGGGGACUGUGAUGGAUCUGUUCAGCACCAGUCUGUCUGUGGCAGGCCUCAGUGUUCCAGAUGACAGGCUCAUAGAUGGACUGGACCUCAGCCCUGUCCUCCAUAACAACACACUCAUCAACAGGCCCAUCUUCUAUUACCGAGGCAAUGAGAUGAUGGCAGUCAGGGUUGGGCCUUACAAGGCCCACUAUUGGACGUGGAGCAACUCGUGGGAGGAGUUUAACCGGGGCAUUAACUUCUGUCCAGGCCAAGAGGUGGCAGGCGUGACCACCCACACCCAACAGGAACACACCAUGCAGCCACUCAUCUUCCACCUGGGGCGGGACCCCGGGGAGAAAUACUCUAUCAGUGCUGUGACUAAGGAGUACCAGGAUGCACUGAGUCGGAUCACAGCAGUGGUAGAGAAGCAUAAGAAGGGUCUGGUACCAGGUGUGCCCCAGCUCAAUAUGUGUGACAUGGCUGUCAUGAACUGGGCCCCUCCGGGAUGUGAAAAGUUAGGAAAAUGCCUUAAAGCACCCAAGUCACAGCCCUGGAAGUGUGACUGGCCACACUAGCUAUCUGUUUCAGAGCCACCCUGGGAAAAGGGAGGAUGUCAGCGAAGAUGCUGCCUUGAUGAAGAGCCAUUUUCAGGAAUUCAACUUGAAUUUCUAUUAGUUUUUAACUUGUAAUGUUGAAACAGAACAGCAUGUGGUUUGAAUGAAGGACAUUAACAAUGGGACGAAUGCUGUCUGAGUUCCAUAUGAUUAUUAAUAGAAUGAAGCUGAUUUGCAACUGCUUUUUUUUAUGAUGCCAUCUAUGUAGAUGUUUUUCUCUCUUUACUUACUUAUGCACUAUUGUGGAAGACUUAUUGAAAUAGGGCAAAACCUUUUUUUUUUCUCCAACUGGAAUUAAAACAUUUGAUCCAACUUUGUCUUUCAUCUCUUAUGAGAUGGUUUUUAGUGUGUGACAGAUCAAAGAUUUCUGUGUCAACCGAUGGGUCGUCACUUGCUUCCACAGUCAGUCUUAAUAAUAAUAAUUUAUUAAACUUUGAGCGCUUUUUAUAAUAUAAAUCUCAAAGAGCUUCAUAAAUAAACAAGCAAUAUAUCAUGACAGGUCAACCAAUAGAGGCCAAGUCUUUGAAUGCUGCAUACUCUGCAGAUGGAGAGGGUCAGUUCAUGGUUUGAGAGGAUGGAACUUGUCAGAGGAUGGUAAAUGAUGAUGGAGUUUGCUGUUGAUCUUGUACAGGGUAAGUCUGUGAACCAGCCUAUUAUGAGAGGAAUUAUUCUAAUUAAUAAUAAUAAAAUUAUGGCUAAACCCAGCCUAUUUCUACAAUGUAUCUUUUGAACAUUUUAUUUUAAACCUUAGCCACACUGCUAACCGUAUGUCUAACCUUAAAUUACGACCCAAAAGCACAUUUUUGUUGUCAGAUCUUUACGAUAUUGGCAGCCAAUUCUGACUUUGUGGCUGUCGAAUCUAGUGGAAAUCCAAUCGAUGUGUCGAAGUCAACGAACAUCACUGAUUUGGGGGUUUCCACUAGAUAGCACAUCUACAAAGUCAAGGGACUAUGUCGUAAAAAUUCAUGAAAUUAGCUUUUUGGUCUUAAUUUAAGGUUAAGCAUGCGGUUGGCAGUGUAGUUAGGGUUAGGUUUAACAUUUGAUUUGUGGCUGUGGUAACUAGUGACGACCCGGAUUUUGUCACACCAACAGGCAUCUGACUUUUUGCCUCAAGAUCCACACCACACAAGAGUCGACAGGCAGCUAACGCAGUUAGCAAUGGCAGUGCACACGAGAGAAGCAAAAUAAGAAUUUGUCACAAAACAUUUUCCUGAUUUCCCAAGCAAAGGAAUACUUAUCAGGUAGGCAGUGAAUGAUAGAUUACCGCAAUAAGAUUAGCUAGCUAGCGCUACAUUUAUGUGCUGUGUUACCUAGCUAGCCAUCUUCGCAAUGCUAGCGCUCUAUUCUAAAGAACAUGCAUUCUUGUAAUACUAUUUUGUAGUAGCUAGCUAGCUAUGUUGACAGGCUCGAUUAAAAAUAUAUAUUCUAAGGGA